AUGAAUGAUAUAGACGUUGAAGAAUAUAACAAUAAUAUAAUUCAAGAGUUAAACGCAGCUGAAGAAGAAGGGGAAUGUUCGUUAUCAGUAUUUUUACAUGAUUUAAUAGAGAUAGAUAUUGAAUCCAAUUUUACUUUUAAUUAUAAAGUUAUUGAUAGAAUUAUAGGUAUAUGUAUUAAUUCGCUAAAUAGUCAUAUGACUUUAUUAGCACAUGAAUGUAUGUAUUUUAUUCGAUAUUGUAUUAAUAAAUGUAUUAACAUAAAAGAGGAAAUAAACGAAAAUUUCUUUAAAAAUUUAAAUGUUAUUAUAGAUAUAUGCCUAAAAGAAAACGAAUUUUCAGAUGAUAGCUUUUUGUUAUUUGAAAGAACAUUUUUCUUUUUUGUUUUAGAUUUAAAUAAUAUAACAAACUUAAUAGAUAUAUGGAAAUAUUACAAUGUAGAAUUAAGCAAUUUUUACAUAUCCUUAUUACAUAUUAUAUCGUUUCAUCUAUCCUUAUUAAAUGAAAUUUUAAAUAAUUUAAAAACAAAAGAUAUUGAUAUUAAUUACAUCCAGAAAGGUUAUUCUCGUAUUAAAAUAAUAGAAAUAGCUUUUGAUUUAUUAUUGCCUAUUUUUCAAAAUACUGAAGAGAUAAAAAAUAUCAAUAAUUUUGAAAAUUAUAUAAAUAUUAUCUUAAAGGAAUAUGAAAAUGUUCCAGAUAUAGAAAUAAAAAAAAAAAUUCUUUCUUUAUUUAAAAGUAUACAUAAAUUUACUACUGAGAAAAAAAUUGACAAUUUUUCUUUAUGUAGUCAGAUAAGUAAUUUAAUAAACAAAAAAAGAAAUUAUUAUUUGACUUUAACAAAAGACAAAGAUAUAAAUAUAGAUUAUUUAAAAGAUAAUUCAUAUAUAUAUAUAAAUAAUAGUAGCAUUUUUGUUAAAACAUUCGAUGAUAAUAUUAAUGAAAAUGAAGUAUCCAACAAAACAAUUUUAACACCUAAUGGUUAUAAAGGUAGUUUACUAAUGAAUAUUUUUUAUGUCUAUUUCUAUAAUACAAAAAAUAAAUUACUUAUGGUGAUAUCAUAUGAUAGAAUUAAAAUAAAAAAUGAAGAAAAUUCAAAAAUAAUUACUUUUUAUUUUAAAAAAAAUGAUGCUAUAGGAGUUCUCUCCAAUAAAUUAAGAAAAAAUUUUGAAGAUCGAUUUUUCGAUAAUGUAGAAAUAUCAAUAAGUUUUAGUUCAGAAUCAAUAAAAAGAAAAGUAUAUAGUUUAAUAAAUUGUGUAAUAGAAAUUGAAAAUAUUAGUGAUGAUAAUGAGAAAAAAGAUGAAGGUGAAGGUAUUUAUUUAAAAGACAAUUUAUACAUAACUAAAUUAAAAAAUGAUAUAGAUAAUGACUCAAACAAUAUGUUGAUAAAUAAUAACAACAAAAGUAAAGAAAAAAUGGAAAGAAGGAAAGUUAGUUUUGCAACAACAAAAGAAAUUUGUUUAUUAAAUGAUAACAUUUCAGUUGAAACUAAAACUGUACUAUUAGAGGAGUCAUUAAACAAUAUAGAUUGCAAUAAUAACGAUCUGAUAAGUCAUCAAAAAAAUUUGGAAAUUAAGAAAUUAGUAGAUAAUGAUAUUACUGAUGUAUUAUUUAAUGAAUCAAUAAACUUAAAUGAAAAAAUUUCAUUAGCAAAAGAAAAUGAGAUAGAAAAAAAUGGAGGUAAUCUUAAAAUUAGUUAUGCAACAACUAGGGAUUUAAUAAAAGAAAAUUAUAUUUAUGAUGAUGGUGGUAAAUGUAGUAAUCAGCUUUAUGAAAAUUCAUUAAAUGAAUUAUCACUAAUGAAUGAACAUAAUUUAAAGAAUACUUUUAAUGAAAACAUGUGUGAUUUUAAUAAUGAAUUGGCUUUAAAUGAAGAAAACCAUUAUGAAGAUUUAUUGCUAAUGAAUUUAUUGGAAGAAAAAAAUAAUCAACAAAAUUCUAAAUUUAAUAAUUGUAGUCAAAACUUAAGUACAUUAAAUAAGGUAAAUAAUGAUAAUUCUCCUAAAAUACAAGAUUCAAAAAAUCAAAGUAUAAAAAUGGAUAUUCAUAUAAUAAGGAAUAAUACAAAUGAAGAAAAAAUAUACAAUAAUGAAAACGAAAAAAAUGAACAGAAGGAAAAGAAUCAAUGUAAAAUGAAUGAAGAUAAAAAGAAAAACAUUGAUAGCUAUGAAAAAAAGGUUAAUAAAAAUAUUGAUAACAGGGAUAUAUCUGGUGAGGAAGCAUUAAAAAGUAUUCAAUCAAAGAAAGAUAAUUUUAAAUGUAAAUCUGAGGAAAAUAAAAAUAUAAAUGAAACAAAGAAAAUAUUAAAAAAUUUUGUAGUGGGAGAUGACAAAGAAAAUUCAUUUCAGGAUCAUGGUGAAAAAAAUUUGAAAUUAGAUGCAGAAUAUGAAUCAAAUGUUUCAAAUUAUUCACAAAGUAUCUAUUUAAAUAAAAAUGACAACAUUUUGAAAUCUCCUGUUGAAAUAGUCAAAGAAUUACUUAAUUAUGAUGAAAAACAAAAAAGCAUUGAUGAAUGUAUACAAAGCUUAAAUAAAUAUGAAAAAUGUAACAAACCAAAUAUAUCCAAUGAAGCAACAAAUAAUAAUAAUAUAAUUAUUAGAGUAGAUGAAACAAGCAAAGUGAAAAAUAAAAAUUUGCAAAGAAUACACUGUAAUGUGAGUAAAAUUAAUUAUGAGAAAAAAGAUAAAAAAGAGAAACAGAAUGAAACAAAAAGUGAAAAGGAAUUAAAUAUAAAGAAUAAUAUUUCAGAUAAAAAAGAAUUACCUGAAAAUGAAGAUGCAUAUAAGAGUAAUAAAAUAGAAAAUAUAAAAAAUUUUGAUUAUAUAAAAAACAAUAAUAUUAAUGUAACAAAAGAAUAUUCAGAAAUUGUAAGUAUUUUGGGAAAUGAUGAACCAAGUAAUGAAAUUAUUUUAAAUAAUGAAGAAGAAAAAGAAAAUUUGAAAGAAUCUCAUAUAGAUAAAAGUUUCCUAGGUAGCAAAAAUAAAAAAAGAAUAAGUACCAAUACGUUAGAUAAUAAUAGUGAUUAUUAUUUGAAAAAUAAUAUAGAUUCCCCGUAUCCUAUAAAAAAAAUAAAAUUCAAUAAUUAUGAUUCUUCAUUUUUAGAGUUAUUAAAAAAAGAAGAUAAUUUAGAGAAUUUAUCAGCUAAAUAUUUAAUAAAAGCUUAUACAUUAAUUCAAUAUAAUAAAAGAUAUAUACAUAUUCAAAUCAUUGAUUAUUUUAGAUAUAUAAGAAAAGAAAUUCUAUUAUCAUAUGAGAAAAUAAAUAUGAAAUACAGCAAUUUAUUAAAUGAACUUCAGCUAGAAUAUGAGAUGAAAUUUCAAAAUAUUAUAUCAAAAUAUUCAAAUCGUUUAAUUACAAAGAAAAAAAAUAUUAAUAUGAAUACACCGAAACCAAUUGAUUUAAAUUUAAUUAAAGAAAAAUUUAAUUCUCUAUAUAAUACAUUUAACAUAGUUCAAAGAACUAUGAAAGAUAAAAUUUCAAAUUCUAAAAUUUUAAUGAAAUAUAAGCAAAGUGAUAUAUAUACACCUUCAUUUUCUUUAGCUACAAUUAUAUCAAAAUAUUCUACAUAA